AACUACAGUUUAUAACUCACUAUAGCACUCGGAGGAGGGGUUGGGUUGGUUAUUUUUGUGAGGAAGAGUUACACCAGGCGUGUGUUGGAGGCAGUGAGUAUUAGUCAUGAUUUCUCACUUGCAGGUGUGAGGAUGUUCAGGAAUGUUCUCAUGCUGUGGAUGCAUCCUGUAAUGGAGUGCUGUGGUAUAAGCUUCAACACAGUGCUGCUGCAAAACAGAAAUCAAUGUGGAAAAUGAAAUUUGGAAAAGAGUGAAAGGAAAAGAGUUUACCUCUCAAGCACCAACCUACAGAUAGUAAUGGGUGCUUCCGUGUUUAUCUUACAAAGAGAUAGGAAUCUUAAGAAAACAGGGUAAUACAUCCAGUCUCAUUUAGUCUGCAGUUUUCUUCCUCAGGCCAGUGAAAACUUAAUGGGGGGUGAAAUGGCACUGAAAUCAUUCACCUGAGAGUAGUUCUUUCAGAAAAGAAUCAACCCAGUCUAUUUCUGUGGAUUCUGAGGCUACAGAGGAAAAACGGUUUUGAAUUAUGUAAACAGCGCUCACACCUCUGACAUUUUGGUUUCUUGUUCAGGAAAAUCCCAGGUAAGCAGGAGUGACUGGCUUUGUUGAUUGUUCCAUGAGGCCUGCAAAAAGCUUAGCACUAACCGAAGCCUGGCUUAUAUUUACCUCCACUAUUACUGUGUUAGAUUAAUCAUUGUUGCCUUUUAUUUAGGUUGCAAGCCUGUGAAACCUCUUGCGUGAAGUAAAUAUUUUAAAUAGCAAUGUAUGAGGUUUCUAGGGCCCUAGCAGGUGUGAAAUAGAGGUUCGGGUCCUCUUCUACCUCAAAUUUUGAACUUCUAGAACCAUUGAAUUCAGAGAAUUUAGUGUGUUUUAAGACAAAAUACUCCUGUAUGUCUCGUAUUGCCUGAAAUUUCCACCAGUAGAUAAAUCUUUCUCAAAAAAAUUUGCUAUUUCUGGUAGCAGCUCUGCUUUCCCAUGACCUGCAUUCAUAUGUGUCAUAUUCAGAUAAGGAGGAGGCACAACGCUGACUAAUGCUGCUUUUUUGGAAGGAAAAUGACAAAAGCUAUUUGAGACAGGAAUAGAAGUGCCAGCACUAAAUGACAGAUGAACAGCCGGUAGCAAAGGUGGCAGCUCUAACGUUUCUCUGUAUUUAUGGAGUACUGAAACAAGGGAGUGUUAUCAGGAUUUGUUUCUCUGGGCUGGAUGCUUAUCUUCAGAUUCAACAAUUCUCUGGGUCCCAGGACCAGGUGUAAGAGAGUGGAUGGGUUUUGUUUAGCAUAAGUGAGUGUUGCUCCCUCUUCAGAGCUGCUGUCUGGAGCGUGGGGCAUGGCUGUGCCCCUCACCCACCCUCCUGCUUCCAGUCUGUUCCUAUAUUUUGUCUGACAGCACUUGCUCCUUAUUAACAUGACUAUAGCCUCUUUGUGCCCUCUGUCAGAAGAAAUCCUGCACCAGAAUAAAUUUCAGAGGUGACAGAUUGGAGCAGUUUGACCAGAUGAUGGCACACAAAUGUCUCAGAGACUGACAGCACCUGUGGCUUUGUACCUCUUUGGCUUUGGCCUUGGGCAGAAGCAGUGGCUGGCAUAGUUGCCUGCCCACUUCCAGCUUGUCCUCUCUGGAUGUUGUGUUGCGGAGUGGAGAUGAGGGAUUACAACUCUGGGAGAGAGAAGGCAGUGGCUGCAGUAAAGCAGGGACCUGUAUUUAUGUGCCACCCAGAAGAUCAGUUGUGCUGUAUUUUAGAGCCUAUAAAAAAAUGUGAUGUUCUGGUACAUGGAAAAUGAACCAGUGUGUGAUGGUCAGUGAUAGGUGUGAGAGGUGUGAUGAUGUGACAGACAGUGCCAUGUCCUUUGAGACUGGAGCCUGCAAAGCCAGGAAGGCAGCUCCAGGCCAGGGGGGUAAAAGCAUAUGGUUUUCUUUGAGGCUGUGUCUUGUCAGAGCAUCUUCUAAGCAUUUUCUUCUCACUGCAGACUCUGACUACAGAUUGAUUUGGAAGAUGAUGGGAGGUGAAGUGGCAGAUACCUACCUCUCUGUUCACCUGCUGUCAGGGGAGCUUUUGCAGCUGCUGGGUUACAGUGUUGUCCGUAGAUCUGCCAGACACAGGACAGCACAGGGCAAAACACCCCCACGGGAAGGUACCAGAGGUGUCAGCUGCCCCUCAAGAAGGGCCGAGGUGUGCCAAGCUCUGGUGAGCACUUCAGGGUCUGGGGCUGGAGCACCUCAGCCCCCUGCCCUUGGGAAGGCAGCUGGCACUCAGACACACGCUUUGCACAGGGCUGCUGAGCCCAGCUGGGUGCUCUGUGGGUCUGCACAGACCCCCCGAGGCCACUCCCCAUCACCCCGGGGAGCUCGGCGAGGAGCCCGCAGCCCCCGGGGCUCGUAGCCGGGGAAGACCUUUCCGUGCUGGCAGCGGGGCUCCUCCCGGUCCCGGGCAUCAAGGCGCCGGUGGCAGAUAUACGUCCAGGCUGGAGGGAUCGUCCCCGGCUGGGAGGAGCCAGCGGCUCCGCCGCUGUAAACAGUGCGGGCACCGCCAGCGGUUGGGAGAUGGAUAUAAAUAGGGAGGCGGAGGGGAGGCAGCCGGAGCGGCGGAGCGGGAGCUGCCUGCGCCUGCCUGCCCUUGCCCUGCCUGCCCCGCUGGGUGCCCGGCAGCCCGGGCCGGCAGCUCCGAGAGGCGUCGGGCAGAGUCCGCGGUCGGCGCUGCCGGGACGCUCCAGGUAAGAGUCUGCAGCGAAGUUUGGAACGCGCCAGUGCCGCUCGUCGAUCCGCCGCUGGGUUUGCUCCGCGCCGGCUCCUUCUGUCCGCGCUGCUGUUCUGGUGCCUCGCCGUGUCCGGGGUUGUGUGGAGCGGGAAGGGGGGUUCUGCUUUCGUUCUUGCGACGUUAAGUGGAGGGGGAAAAAAAGGAAAAAAACCCCAAACAACAAAACCGAAACACAUCGAAAGCAAAAUGUGCCACUCGCCGGCUCCGUGUACAGACGCGGCGCACGUGUUGCGGGCGGGGGCGGCCCCGCGGCCCCGGGAUGCAGGUAGAGGCUGCGGGACUGCCCGGGACGUGCCGAGCGCGGGGAGCCUCGGGGAGCCGUGGCUCCUCCUGCCCUUCGCGCCGGACCCGGAGACGGUCCUGGUCCUGGUGCCGACGCGGGACGCACCUUGGAGCAGCGAACGGCGGCAGCGCAUCAGGUCGGUACCGCGCCCCUCCGCGCCCCUCCACCUCCCGACCCCGCCGCUGCCGCCGCCCCUCUCUUGCAGGGCCCUGCCCGGAGGCCGUCCCGCACCUCGUCCCGUGGCGACCCGGCUCCGACACCCGCCGCGCCGCCGUGGUGGGCCGGGGGGCGGCCCUGCGCCUCGAGAGCUCCGCCGCCUUCCACUCCCUCGUCAUCCGCGACGGAGGGAUGCUCGUGUUCGCCGACCGCCCCCACGGGCCGCCCAUCACCCUGCGGGCCCGCUACAUCCUCAUCCACGACGGCGGGGAGCUGCACAUCGGCUCGGAGCGCUGCCCCUACGGCUCGCGGGCCACCAUCUCGCUGUACGGGCGAGCCGCCGAGGGGGCGACCGUGGAGGGCUUCGGGCAGAAGUUCUUGGGCGUGGGUCGCGGCGGCGUCCUGGAGCUGCACGGCCGGCGGCCCCGCUCCUGGACCCUCCUGGACAAGACGCUGCACCCCGGCGGGCUCCGGCACGGCCCCUACUCCUCCGAGAGGAGGUGGGGCAGCCGCGGGCUCAACCUCCGCGUCCUGGACGGCGGCACGGCGCGGGUGCUGGCGGCGGGGCGCUUCGACACCCACCUGCGGCCGGGCGAGGGCCGGCGGCUGAGAGCCUUCCUGGCCCGGCAGCCCCCCGGCAGCGUGGUGGCGGCGGCCGUGGGGGACUCGGCCGCCCGCAGCCUCACGCCAGAGACGCGGCUGCUGCUGCGGGACAGCCUGGGCAGCAGGUUCAUCGCCCGCCUGGGAUACAGGCAGCCCUGGGCGCUGGUGGGGAUCUUAGGAGGGGAUCAGCUCUCCACAGCAGAAGACAAGCGGGAGUAUCACGGGAAUGGAACAACGGGGUUGGCCAUAGCCCAAAGAGAUUUCCUCACCUACGACGGCACCCGUUUCACUGUUACUGCUUUCAGUGGGUGGAUAAAAGGGGUGCCUCGUAAUGGAUUUAAAGUGGAAGUGACCAAAGGAAUAAUUAUUCAUCUGGUGGACGAGGUUACAAGUUGGCUACCUGGUGACCGUAUAGUCAUUGCCAGUACAGACUAUUCUAUGCAUCAGGCUGAAGAGUUUAAUCUCCUUCCUUGUCCUGAAUGUCAAAGUAAUCAAGUGAAAAUUGAUGGCAGCCCACUUUAUCUUCACAUGGGGGAAGUCAUAGAUGGUGUCGACAUGCGGGCGGAGGUUGGUCUUCUCACUAGAAAUAUACUUAUUCAAGGAGAAAUGGAAGACUCCUGUUAUGGACAAAACCAAUGCCAGUUUUUCUCUUUUGAUACAUUUGGAGGACACAUAAAAAUCCUAAGGAAUUUUAGCUCUGUUCACAUGUCAGGAGUGGAAUUAAAAAACAUGGGGCAGCAAAUCCUAGGCAGUUACCCUGUGCAUUUUCACUUGGCUGAGGAUGUGGAUGAGAGAGGAGGAUAUAGACACCCAACGUACCUCGAUAACCUGGCUAUCCACCACUGCUUCUCUAGGUGUGUUGCCAUACAUGGAACUCAUGGCCUUCUGGUAAAAGACACCAUUGGCUAUGACACCCUGGGGCACUGUUUCUUCCUGGAAGAUGGGACGGAGCAGAGGAACACCUUUUAUCACAACCUGGGCCUCCUCACGAGGCCGGGGACGAUCCUGCCUUCGGAUCGCAGCGAGCUCAUGUGCCUCGCCAUCCGCAGCCACGUCCAUGGGAAUUACACUCCUGUGCCAAGCACUGACUGCAUGGCUGUCAGCACGUUCUGGAUUGCAAAUCCAAACAACAAUUUAAUAGAGAAUGCAGCAGCUGGUGCUCAGGAUGUCGGGAUAUGGUACAUCUUCCACCGGGUUCCCACUGGACACUCCGAGGGGCGAUAUCCAGAGGGACAGGCUGAACAUACCCCCUUGGGAGUAUUUUACAACAACAGAGUCCACUCCAAUUUCAAGGCUGGUUUGUUUAUUGGAAAAGGAGUAAAGACAACAAGAGCCAACGCUGAAGAUCCCAGAGAGUAUCUCACUGUCGAUAAUGCCAGGUUUCACCCACAUCAAGAUGCUGAUCCUGAAAAACCACGAGUUCCUGCUGUGAUUGAUGGUCUUAUUGCUUUUAAAAAUAAUGACCAUGGUGCCUGGGCCAGGGGCGGUGACAUUAUUUUCCGCAACUCAGGGUUUUCAGAUAAUGGAAUUGGACUCACUCUGGCAAGUGAUGGGACUUUCCCGACAGAUGAAGGCUCCAGCCUGGAGGUUACACGCUCAAUUUUUGUUGGAGAAAGCAGCAACUUUGGCUCCCAGGGAGGUCAAAACAGCUACUGGGGAAAAGGGGCAAAUGGAGAAUAUAGAACACUGCCCAGAAACAAGACAUUCCCUAUUCGUGGAUUCCAGAUUUAUGAUGGACCUGUCAGGAUGGCAAGAUGCACUUUCAAGAAGUUCACCCCAACUGUUGACAGACACUCAAGUGCCAUUGGAUUCUUCACGAAAAACUCCUGGCAGAUCAGCCCCCAGAACAAUGUGUCACAGAUCCUGAUGGCGAAAAGUGUGGGACUGAAGGUGUUUUUUGGCAGACCAGGCCAGUGGUUUGGAAACAAUGACAAUGACGGUGACAAAAUGUCAAUCUUCCAUGACCUGGAUGGCUCGGUGACAGGGUACCCAGACACCUUUGUGGGCAGAGCAGACAACUACCUGCUGCGUCAUCCCGGGUGUCUCGCUGUCCCACGCUGGAAUGGGAUGAUGUGUACAGGGAAAUUCGCACAGCUUUAUAUCCAGGCCAGACACCCCGAGAACCUGACCUUGUCCAUUGCCAGAGCAGCCUACCCUUCCCGUCCCGUGAGGCUGAAGGGUGUGAACAGAGGAGCACCGUACCAGCAGUACCAGCCUGUCGUCAUGCUCGAGCAGGAUUAUGUCAUCCAGUGGGAUGGCAGAGCACCUGAGGACGUUAUCCUGUACCCCAUCAACUUCAACAGAGGAGACUGGCUGCGUGUCGCCCUCUGCUAUCCCAGGGAAGCCGUUUUCCAGGUGGUGGGAGACAUCUACCAGCGCCGGACAGGGACAGUGCACAGUGUCCAGCACUACCUUGCUGCUCCUUCCAUCGCUCUCAACAGAACUCGUGAGCGGCUCUUCUACUUCGACAGAGCAUCAGGGUACCUGUUUGUUCACCUGCAAGCCCAUGAAGCUCGGGAAGGACACAGUUACUGCUCUCAGCAAGGCUGCGAACGUAUCAAAAUCACGGCGCACAUGAGCCCGGGGGACUCCUGGAGCUGUGACCCAAACCCCUUCCCUGAGAGGCCAGUGGCUGCCCAGCACCCCGUGUCCCAGCACCCAGCUGGGCUGUGCAGGGCAUGUGGAGCCCCACAGGUUGCCAUCACCAGCACACCCUCAGUGGAGUAUAUAAGGAUCCAGAUCCAAUCUCUCGGCAGGGCGGACACACAAAGCCACUUGACAUCUGCAUUCAUUAAGGUAAAUGGCACAGUGUUCCUUCUCAAUAGCAGUGGGAUAUUCUUCCUGGUGCUGGAUGCAUGUUCAGGAGCAGUCAUGAGUAGGUGGCAUUUGGACACAGUUGCCAGUGAAAACGCUGCCCGUGCAAUAACUGAUUACGUUCAAACAUCCAUAAAAGAGAGAUCACUCGUUCUUGUGUGCUCUAGAAGUAUCACAGACGUGGUGGGCAGCUCUGAAAUGUCUGUUUUUACCAGGUUAGGUUCAGCAAAGCCUAUUGUUUUCCAUAAGGGAGGGAGUUUUGCCAUGCUUGGUUAUAAAGGACAAGCCAAACCCUCCUGGAUUAAAGUCCAAAAUCAUGCUGGUUAUCAGAAAGCUGCUUCUCUACAGCAUUAUGUUCCUUUGAAGCUGAAAGAAUAUCAAUGUCCAGCUAAUGCUGAUAAGUCACUAAGCUUUGCUUUUUCUCAGAUUCGCUCAGAGCACAUCCCUGCAAAGGCUGUGGCACCCCGGGGUUAGCACUGCUGGGGAGCACCAGCCAGGCAGAGCCCACCACCCUCACCAAAACCUGCUCCUGUCCUUAUAAGGUUGUACCAAACCAAUGGUGUUUACCUGUAUAUUUUAUAAUCAAUAAAUAUAUUCUCAUCCUCUGUGGUAGAGAUUUAUUUGAAAAUGCAUCACAGUGCAUCACAGGGCAGAACAGGAGCAGCCUGUGGGGGGAGAAGUGUUUCUAUAUAUGUGAUUUGGUAUCAAAAGGUGAGUUUUAAAGGCAAGAGCCUGCUUUCUGGUAACACUGGGACUGGAAAUGGAAUUUGGUGUGGAAAUUCUAGCAAUAUCCAGGGAAACAGAUGAACUUCAGCAGAGGUAGGGAAUUUCUCCCUUCAGUCCUGUUUUUGCUCCAUUAAUGUCUACUUUUAAAAAAACCAAAGUGUCCAUCUGCCAUGGCAUCUUACAUGAACUGAACAACAUCUGCUUGGUCAGUGUGCAGUGAUCUUACAACAGUGUCUUCUAACUGAACUGAAUGCGUAGGGUGCAACAAGGAGUUAUAAACGUGUU